AGCACGAGCCGGGCAGAUUCCGGAAAUGGUGAGCUCUGUGGCAGACCGACCACUUCUCUCCAGGGAUCCGCUGGAGGGGAACCCGAACCAGGUCUCGUCCGUUUCUGGGGUGUCUGAUGUUUAUUAAAAGUCGCUCCUAGAAAGAAGUUAUUCAGGUUAUAACUCUGUACCGUGCAGCUGAAGAGCACGGAGUGCAGCAUACUGCACUUGUAUUUGCGAACGCAAACUGCUUCCGAAUUCACUCCCAACUCGUGAAAAUUGUUUUUCUGUCAGCAUAGUGGGACUGAUGCAAAAUAACAGCAGAAACCUAUGGCCUGCGUGAAUCUUCUUUUUAGACCUCCUAGAAUUUAGUUUAAAUUGGGGGAAAGAAACAAUGGCUUUGAUGUCCUCUAUCAUAACAUGAAACACGGACAUCUAUCAACAAAAGAUUUAGCGGAUUUUAUAAGAGAAAGGGCUACAAUAGAGGAGGUAUAUUCAAGGUCAAUGACAAAGCUAGCCAAAUCAGCAAGCAAUUACACACAGCUUGGGACUUUCGCACCAGUUUGGGAUGUUUUCAAAAUAUCAACAGAAAAAGUAGCAAGCUGUCACUUGGAGCUUGUCCGGAAAUUACAAGAGCUAAUAAAAGAAGUGCAGAAGUACGGAGAUGAACAAAUCAAAGCUCAUAAAAAGACUAAAGAAGAAGUUUCAGGAACUUUGGAAGCCGUGCAAAACAUUCAGAGUAUCAUUCAGGCCCUACAGAAAUCAAAAGAGAACUAUAAUGCUAAGUGUGUGGAACAAGAACGUUUGAAAAAGGAAGGCGCAACGCAGAGAGAAGUUGACAAGGCAGCAGUUAAAGCAAAGAAAGCUACAGAUACCUAUAAACUCUAUGUAGAGAAGUAUGCUGCAGCUAAAUCUGACUUUGAAAAGAAAAUGACAGAAACUGCACAGAAAUUUCAAGACAUCGAAGAAAUGCAUCUUCUUCACAUGAAGGAAAUUGUAGAAUCUUUGUCAAAUACUGUAAAAGAAGUUCAUUUACAAAUAGGCCUGGUUCAUGAAGAAUUUAUUAAUAACAUGGCAAAUACUACAGUUGAAAGUUUGAUACAAAAAUUUGCAGAGUCAAAAGGCACUGGCAAGGAGAGACCCGGCCUUAUCGAAUUUGAAGAAUGCAACACAGCUAGUGCAGUUGAAGGGGUCAAACCAAGGAAAAGAAAGCCAUUUGUUUUAUCAGGAAUUAUUAAGAAAGAAAAAGAUGCAGAAUCUGUGGAAUGUCCAGAUGCAGAUUCAGUUAACAUUCCUGACGUAGAUGAUGAAGGAUUCAGUAUUAAGCCAGAAGCAAGCCAGAAUACCAAAGAGAACCAUUUCUACUCCUCCAGUGAUUCUGACUCUGAAGAUGAUGAACCAAGGAGAUUCCAUGUAGAAAUCAAACCUGUGCAGCCAAAUAAUAGCUCUCACUACACUAUAGGGAGCAUCACUCUUUCUCCACCAAUAUCUAGACACAGUCCUGCACAAAUGAACAGGAAUUCACCUAGUGAAGAGUUAACAAAAUCAAAGCAUUCUGCUCCAUCUAAUGAGAAGGGGAACAAUGACCUCCUGGCAUGGGAUCCAAUCUUUGCCACUUCUCUUGAUUCAUCUUCUUCAGCUUCAUUGACAUCAUCGGCACGAUCUGUUCCUUUUCAAAAAAGUUCUCUCUCUCCUUCUUGCAUCCUGUCUAAAGAUUGUACAGCAAAUAUCACAAGUACCUCAGCCAGGCCCACAACUCCUCUUUCUAUAGGCACCAUUGUACCUCCUCCAAGGCCUGCUUCUAGACCAAAGAUAUCAACAGGAAAACUAAGUGGAAUUAAUGAAAUACCGAGGCCAUUCAGCCCACCCUUGACCUCUAACUCCAGUCCACCGCCGAUAGCUCCUUUGGCACGUGCAGAGAGUAUCUCAUCAAUAUCCUCUUCUGCUUCUCUAAGUGCAGCAAAUACACCCACAGUAGGUGUUUCACGUGGUCCCAGCCCUGUCACUCUUGGAAACCAGGACACCCUGCCUGUUGCAGUAGCCUUUACUGAAUCUGUUAACGCCUACUUUAAAGGAGCAGAUCCUACAAAAUGUAUUGUGAAAAUCACUGGUGAUAUGACAGUGUCAUUCCCAAGUGGAAUUAUUAAAGUCUUCACCAGCAACCCAUCUCCAGCUGUACUCUGCUUCAGGGUAAAAAACACAAACAAACUAGAGCAGAUUCUUCCAAAUGCACAACUUGUAUACAGUGACCAGUCACAAAGUGAUUCCAGUACAAAAGAUUUUUGGAUGAACAUGCAAGCUGUUACAGUCUACCUCAAGAAAUUAUCAGAGCAGAAUCCAUCUGCUUCUUAUUAUAAUGUUGAUGUUUUAAAAUAUCAGGUAUCCUCAAAUGGCAUCCAAUCCACUCCUUUGAAUCUUGCAACUUACUGGAAAUGUAAUGAUAGCACUACUGAUGUAAGAGUGGAUUACAAAUACAACCCAGAGUCUAUGACUGCACCUAGUAUGCUGUCUAACAUACAGGUUGUUGUACCAGUAAAUGGAGGAGUAACAAACAUGCAGUCACUACCUCCUGCAAAAUGGAAUGCAGAACAGAUGAAAGCUUUUUGGAAAAUAUCCAGUAUUUCAGAAAAAUCAGAGAAUGGAGGCUCACAGCAAUGUUGCAAAAUAUACAGUCUUGGGAUGGCUAAGUCAUACCAGAAGGAAAGAGAGAUAGGAGAGAGAGAGAUAGGAAAAAGAAGCAAUAAGGUAGGGAAGAAAAAAGAUGGAGGCAGGAGGAUGAGUCAGAGUCUCUCAGUCACAGACUUGAGCUUUGUCUGCUACACUGCCAAUUGGCACAAAGCUUUUGUAGUUCACAGGUGCUUAAACCCCAUCCACCAAAUGGCAAAAGCUUUGUUGUGGCAAGUACUAGUGUAAACAGUGCUUUGUCCACAGGAGUGGUCUCCUGCCAACAAAGCAAAUGCUGCUACUAGGUGUGGAAUUUUGUGUAGGCAAAAGUGCCAACAAGAAAUGUUUACACUUUCUGACUGUUAGCAACAUUGCAGUUUCACUAAAAGCUGUGUAACGUAGAUGUACCCCAAGUCUCACAAUCUAGGUAGUAUUUAGGAUUGAGCCAGAGCUCUUGGAGAAGGUGAUAUAAUCUGGGUCCCUUUUGUGGCCCGGUCUGAUCAGGACAUAUUACAGCUUAUUUAUACAUAUAGUGCUGCAGCAGCACCAGUGCAACACUUUGUGAAGAUGCUACCUACACUUACAGGAAAGCUGCUUCCUUCAGUGUAGGUACUCCAUCUCCCUAAGAGGCAGUUGCUCUGUCAAUAGGAGAAAGCCUCCUGUAAACAUAGCUAUCUGCACCAAGAGUUCAUUUGGUUUAACUGAGUUACUCAGGCACUUGGAUUGUCCAUACCCAAGUGAUAUAGUUAUGCCAACAUAAAUCUGUAGCAUAGACCAAGCCUUAGGAUUAGGGUGAUGAAGGUACAGUUGUAUCACACUGGUGGUUCUUCAGAUGAUGUCCCCGUGGGUGCACCACUGAUGGUGAUAGGUGAUCGCUGGCACCACAGUUUGGAGCUUUUUCCUAGCAGUUUACAGUUGGGCUACAUGCGCACUGUAGGUACCUCGUGCAGCUGACAGUUUAGUGCCUCGCACAGCAGCCCAACCUCCCCCCACAGUUCCUCUCUAACCGCCCUUGGCCGCAGAUCUGAUAUCUCUUGCCUCAGGUGUUCUCUUUACUUCACACUUUCUUGUUGCAGAUUGGCUGUUUCCUUUUUUGUUACUAUUUCAAACAAGUCACCAUCCCAACACACAUAAAAGACUCUUUCAGAUGGUGGACUUCUCCUUACAACCUCCUUGCGGGGGUCUCCUUCCUUCAACCCGAACCAUCGGUCCAGAUUACCACGGAUGCCUCACUAAUAGGAUGGGGAGCACACGUGCAACACCAUACGGUGCAGGGAAAGUGUCUACUGCAUGAGGCUCUAUUGCAUAUCAUUCUCGAGCUAAGAGCGGUCAGGAAUGCGUGCAGGCACUUUGCCCCCUUUAUCACCAACUGCACAGUGUGGGUCCUAAUGGACAAUACAAGGACCACGUUUUAUAUAAACAGGCAGGGUGGCACUCACUCUCCAUCCCUCUGUGCAGAGGUGAUUCUCCUCUGGAAUUGGUGUAUCCAACAUAGUUACCUUCAAAGCAUCAUACCUACUGGGACUCAACUAUGUCAGGGCGGACACUCUGAGUCGUAGCUUCCCCACAGACCACAAGUGGGAGCUGCAUCCAAUGGUUACAAAAUCUAUUUUCCACAAAUGGGGCUACCCACCAAUAGAUCCCUUCGCAACCAGGGACAACUCCCAAGUGCACCCAUUUUUGCUCUCAAACAGCAUUCAGCCAGGAAUCCAAGGGUUAUGCAUUUCUAAUCGCCUGGAACAAACCGCUGCACUACGCAUUUCCUCCAGUCCCACUGAUCCCCAGGAUCUUACAGAAAAUCUGAUCAGACACAGCACGAGACAUCCUAGUAGCCCUGUCAUGGUCCAAACAGACUUGGUUCAGCGCAUGUUAAUCAAGCCACCUAUACCACUACCACCUUGGUGCAACCUUCUCUCUCAAAAUGGGGGCAAAUUACUUCAUCCCCAGCCACACACGCUACACCUUCACACUUGGCUUCUCUAUUGUUCCAAGGGUCGGAAGCCCAAUGUUCAGAAGAAGAAACAUCCUCCUUCACAGUAGGAGGCCAGAAAGACUUACCUGUACAAAUGGGAACGGUUCACAUCCUGGUGCUGAUGGGCACUGAUCGAGCCCUAUUAGGCUCCUCUCCGUUUCAUCCUGGAAUAGCUACACUAUCUAAAGAACGAGGGCCUAUCCAUCUCCUCAAUCAAAGUGCAUUAAGCAGUGAUCAUGGCAUUCCAUGAGCAGGUCGAUGGCUCAUCUAUGUUUGCCCACCCGAUCACUAGGAGAUUUCUAAAGGGUCUCCACCACCUCUUUCUCCCUCACAGGACCGCCCAGCACCUUCAUGGGAUCUAAAUCUAGUCCUAUACUGUCUCAUGAGGCCUCGCUUUGAUCCUAUGGCCACAUGCUCAUUCCCACUCCUAACUAUGAAGGUGCUGUUCUUGGUGGCAGUCACCUCUGUGAGGAGAGUUAAUGAAAUAGGAGCCCUCAUGGCAGGACCACCGUACAUUAUAUUUACUAAGGACAAAGUAACUCUAAGACCACACUCCUCAUUUGUGCCCAAAGUCAGCACCUUUUUCCACAUUAAUGAACCUAUAGUCCUACCUACAUUCCAUCCAAAGCUUCACACAUCCCACAGAGAGGCUAUGCUCCACAACUUAGAUGUUUGAUGUGCUCUAGCCUUUUACAUUCACAGAACAUGACACUUCCGCAAAUCCCCACACCUCUUCCUAUCCACUGCGGAACAAUCCAAGAGUAUCCCAAAGUCAAUGCAACAGAUUUACAAACUGAGUGUAGCAUGUAUACGACACAGCUGUGCUCUUCGCAAU